CCCAAGUUCUUCCAGUUGGUUGUGGUGAGACUCCAACAUGGAGUAGAGGAGAUGGGGCUCGAACGGGGCCACCGAUUCAUUUUCGUAGCCUCCUUAUGUCUUUUUGUAGAGAGCGUUUUAACACCCAUUACUGGGAAAGUGCCAUUCUCACCUUCGGCGGCUGGAGCACUAGUAGGAUGUGAGAAAAAUGAGGAGCGGAGAGUCUGUCACCGCUUUUGGAAAUUGUAGGUGAAAAGGAAAAUGACUGAAGACACACACCUAGACGAUGACAAUUAUAUUGUACGUGUACAAGCGGUGGUAAUGACAAGAGAUGAUUCUAGCGGAGGAUGGGUAUCACAGGAACUAAGUUAUGUUGGUGUAAACAAGAUUUUUGUCCAUGAAGGUAGCGGAAGAAGCGAUUUCCUGAUCAUAGCAGAACAGCUCAAAGAUAAGAAGAUAGCAUUUGAAUGUUGCAUACAGAAAGACUUGGUGUACACACAGGCUACUCCCACAUUUCGUCACUGGAAGAUUGACAACAAGAAGUUUGGGCUUACUUUUUCAAGCCCUGCAGAGGCACGAGAGUUUGACAGAGGAGUGAAUAAAGCCAUUGAAGACUUAAAUGAAGGGUCAACAACUUCGUCUUCAACACUCCAUAAUGAAGCUGAGAUUGGGGAUGACGAUGUGUUUACAGUUGCCACAGAUAGUUCAUCCAAUUCUUCCCAAAAGAUUGAUCAGUCCAUUAAAAUACAAGAAUCUCCAUCACACCGUGAACAUAGACAUCUUUUUAAUUUUGGUCAUAUCUGCAGUCGUACCUGGCAUGACCGCUGCAUUUCGGAGGUGCCUGUGGUGAAAAGUUACCAUCAUGUAAGCUAUCAAGAUGAUGACGAUGAAAUUGUCCGUAUUAAUCCCAGAGAAAAAACUUGGCAACUUGGUUAUGAAGACUACAGACAUACACCUGGAAAUUUGAAGUGCAAUGACCAAGAUGAAGGAGACUCAUAUGUGCAUAUUGCCAAACGUGAUGCCUUAAAGCAUGACUACAGUUAUCCUUCUAUUGAAAGUUUUGAACAGGGCUUGAAAAGUCCUGCUGUAGUGACUCAGCCGUCAAUGUCAGUGACAGGGAGGAGGCGGAAGGAAGAUGGAGAAAGAUCAAGAUGUGUAUACUGUAGAGAUAUGUUCAAUCACGAGGAGAAUGGACGGGGUCAGUGUCAGGAUGCCCCAGACCCAAUUCGAACAUGCAUCCAUCGAGCAACUUGCAUGUGGUGCGCAGACACCAUGCUUUAUCAUUGUAUGUCUGACCCAGAAGGAGACUAUUCAGACCCUUGCUCCUGUGAUACCAGUGAUGAAAAGUUUUGUCUUAGGUGGAUGGCUCUUAUUGCCCUCUCUUUUGUAGCUCCAGGAAUGUGCUGUUACUUGCCAUUGCGAGCAUGCCAUCACUGUGGAGUGAUGUGCAACUGUUGUGGAGGGAAACACAAAGCAGCUGUAUGACCAAGAGAAGUGUGUGAAGACUUGACAUUGCUUGUCCCUAUCUUUUCUCAGUCAAGCACACCGACAAGCAGUGUUCAGGCCACAUUUUUGUUUUUACCUAUUCCCAGUCCAGUACACUGGCAAAUAGUGUCCAAGCCACAUUUUCAGUACAGAUUCAUUAACUUCAUUUUCCAAACAAGUCUGAGAUUUGCACUGCUGUUUUAAAGGGUUUCUUCUGAAGUGAUCAUCAGUGUGUUCAGUUCAACUAACCAAAAAUGUUUUAACUAUGUGUAACUCAGAAUUUAUUGUACUUGGUACAUUUCCAUUUGUUUAAAAUUGAGAAGCAGUGCAAUUUGUAUAACACUUGGUAGAUUUUUAGAAAUUUGCAGUACAUUUUCAACUGACUGACCUUGGCUCCUAGUCUCACUGUGUUGGUACCUGAAACCGUUCCCAAAACAAAUUAACUGUUUUACCCAGAAAUGUUUUUGUCUGCAUUCAGAUAAUCUGUACAGAAUUCGGUAGUAGUGUUUUUUAAGCAUUGUUUUAAUAGCUGUACAGAACCAAGGUUUUAGUGCAGAUUUUGAAUGUCUGCUAUAAUUUCCCAUUAGCAAACAUUUUGACCUGCACAAAGAUUUCGGUAUAUAAUAUAUCAAAGGAAAUUGAACUUGUGCUGCGUAAUGACAUGUAACCAGUACGUAGUGAUGUCAGAAUGCACUCCUGUGAGCUCUGAAAGGGAAGUUGAAACACGUUUAAGCUUGCUUUAGUAAAGAAGUACUUGAAGGAAAGCAGUUACACUGCAUUUUCUGUCAGUACGUUGUUACAUUUCAAGCAAAAACACUGUACAAAAUUAAAACUGCAUUGCUUUAAUAGUCAUGAAAGUAAGUGCAUCCUUAAAAAACUCAUUCCAUGGAAUGUCUGUGAAAAUGUUAAAUUGGUAGAAAGUCAUAUUUCUAUGUUCCACUGCUGCUCCUUUUGUGUAUGGGACCCUAAACAGUCAGUCCUGGCCUUAGAAAGGUGCUUGUUAUAAAUUGUUCAGGUUUGCAAAAAUAGUAUAACCGUAGGAAGAACCUCUAUAUGUAAUGUUCAUUUAAAUAAAUUGUGUAAUUCAAGCUUAAGAUACUUAGAAAACCUAACCAGUCCAGAGCUCAGAAUGUUAAAUUUGUUUUCAUGGCUGUCACUGUAGAUACAUUUAUUAGAAUUUUCUUUCACCA